AUGACCAGCGCAAAGAAUAUCCGGAAACGGCCUCGGGGACAAACCCCUCAUAUCGAAUGCUCGCCUGAGGAAACGCAUUCUGCCAGCUCAAGUCCCCAAAAGCGAUUGCAUAUGCAGAGAGCAAACUCUCAGGAGGCCCGAAAUCUAUAUUCGAGUACAAUGGUGUCGGUUCUUCACCGUGCUCGGUGCAGAGGGCAGGCGAACGGCCAUACAAGCCACGCUAAGGACACUGUGUACCAGAAUGUCCCCCGUCUCUUCAAAGAAGACAGCAAGGCAAGUUCUUUGAGGGGCAAAGCACCCCUUACUGGCUUUGGGAGAAGCGUGGAAUCUUACAGGAGCGCCAAUCUUACCAUUCUUCGACUAUACGACUGCGAAUUGUUCCACAAAGAUGUAGAAGACCGCUUUACCCGAACCCCAUCACCAUGCCUGGACCCUCCGAUCCCCAAAGAUCUUUGGCCUUAUUUUGAUGUUCUAGACGACGACGACACGGAACUCGCGACCUCAACGAGUGAAGAUAUCCGCAUAUCCAAACAGCUUCGUCAAGCGAUGGAGGCUUUGGCAAACGCCGAACCGAAGUUGUUUCCCGGAUGGGAUGAAGAGCUUCGACCUCCUUACGUGCAGAUCCAUCACGCGAGCUCUUUCAUCUGA